AGUUCGGUUUUUGUUGUGAUUAAACGCUUCGGUCGGACGGAAAACAUUCACCCAACUUGUGGAACAAAUAGCAUAUUUUUACGGAUAAAAUCGGUAUCUAUCGGGCAACAGGAAACUUUCGGAGGGCACAAUGGUAGACGAAGGUACCCGGAAAACGCUCAGCAGCAUUCCACUGCUGCAGACCAAGGCUGGACCCCGGGAUAAAGAUCUCUGGGUACAACGACUGAAGGAAGAGUAUCAGGCACUGAUCAAGUAUGUGCAAAAUAAUAAAGCUUCCGAUUCCGAUUGGUUCCGUUUGGAAUCCAACAAAGAAGGAACAAAAUGGUUCGGCAAAUGCUGGUAUGUCCAUAACCUUCUGAAAUACGAGUUCGAUGUAGAAUUUGACAUUCCAGUAACUUAUCCAGCAACGGCACCGGAAAUCGCCCUGCCUGAGCUGGACGGCAAAACCGCCAAAAUGUACCGGGGAGGCAAAAUCUGCCUGACGGAUCAUUUCAAACCGUUGUGGGCUCGAAACGUGCCCAAGUUCGGUAUCGCUCAUGCGAUGGCUCUCGGAUUGGCACCCUGGCUAGCAGUUGAAAUUCCCGACUUGAUAGAGAAAGGGGUCGUCGAGUAUAAGGAAAAGAGCGGUGCAUCCGGUUAAAUGAAAAAUCCAUUCGUCUUUUAAGAAAAAAUUGUACAGUGCUGGAAACCGAAUUCAAUCCCUUAUCGUACUCACUAUAUCAACCUCGAUAAAAUGCGUUUAAAGGUGGAAUUAUUAUUUUUUUUUGAAGAAAAGUUUAAGAAAGCUUACAUUACUAAAUCAGAGAUCGCUUUUCAAACUAGUAUUAAACUGCAUGUAAACGAAAGAUGAGUAAUAAAUUUGUUAUUUAUAUUUCAUUUUGAA